UUGAACUCAAUCAAGGAAUAGUCGCUGUCGGCUUGAGCGAGCAAAAUUUUUGUGUAAAUCAAUUCACAUAGAAAAAAAUAAGUAUACAUAACUUCCGGGCCAGGAUAUAACGAUCUUUUUCCUUGUGUAUUAGUUGGUGAAAGUGUUAUUUUAAAAGAGCUACGAAAAUGUCAGACAGAAAGGCUGUGAUCAAGAAUGCUGAUAUGUCUGAGGAGAUGCAGCAGGAUGCUGUUGACUGUGCAACUCAAGCCCUUGAAAAAUAUAACAUAGAAAAGGAUAUUGCAGCCUUUAUUAAAAAAGAAUUCGAUAAAAAAUAUAAUCCAACGUGGCAUUGCAUUGUAGGUCGUAAUUUUGGAAGCUAUGUGACACAUGAAACAAGACAUUUUAUCUAUUUUUAUCUGGGUCAAGUAGCAAUUCUCCUUUUCAAGAGUGGAUAAAUUGGAAUCUAUUCUAUAAUCACCAUCCUUUCUUCCUCCCUUCACACAUGCUACAUGGAAAUACCUUAAGUCACAUCACUGUCUGUAAGAGAAAUUACAAUAUCGUGUAUAAUGAAAAUUUGUUUUGCAAACAAGAUAUGCACUCCCAGUUAAACAAAAAAGUAUAAGUAUAUAACAACCAUCAAUACUAUUGACUUUGCUGUUUUACUUAUCUCAGGAGAUAAGACAAUGAUGAAAAAUUCUGUAGAAGCUAUGGGGAAAAAGGGUAGGGAGAUGAUUAACUGAAUGAGAAGAAAAUGAAAAAACUCAAAACUGAAAAAAAUCAAUUGACAUACAAUCUUACAUGUUAAAAUGUAUCAUGUAUGCCAGAAAAUUUGUUGUGUUCUUGUUUUAUAUUAGGUAUAUAUAAUGCGAAGUUGAGUUCAAUACUGGCGAUUUUAAAUUAAUAAAUUUUUAGUGUUUAAUACACUAAGUGCAUCUAAGUAUAAUGUAAUGUUCAUACAAAUUCAUGUAUGAUUUUUAUUAUCUUACUAUGCUUGAGGAAACUGUAUCCAGUAGUCAUCAAUAAUGAAUGUAAGCCAAACCUUGAUUGAUUGCUGCGAUCAUUAUUAUUUUACGUAAUGUUGUAAAUUAUCCCUUUAUUCUGUGAUGCUAUAUAAACAAAAACGGUUACAAAAUCAACUUUGAUUCGUUUGAAUCCUGACAUGACAAUUUUUACAUCUAUAAAAAUUCGAGAAUUGGAGAUUGAGAGAAAGCUUAAUUAUCGACAUGCACCGAAUUAAAUAAAAUUAUUUAAAUUUACACAGCACUAAGUAAGAUGUUGCAUAAUAUUGAAAGCGAGUCAUUAUCAUAAUUUUAAUUUUUUAUAUUAUGCACACUGAAUUUUGCAAAUGUAUUAUUCAUAAGUCAAGAUACAUUUAAAGAAUUUUCUUUUCCCCUCUUUUGUUUUUUGUUUUGAAAAAAAAUAGAUAUUCAUUAAAUUCUAUCCUUUAUGUAACAUCUAAUAUCCAAUAUUAUGGUACUUAUAUAUAUAUAUAUAUAUAUAUAUAUAUAUAUAUAUAUAUUAAAAUAUAGAUUAUACAUAUAUAUUAAACUAUUUAUAUAUAGUGCAAUCUUCAUUUUCAGUAUUUGAUUAUCACAACGUUGCUACAUUGUUCAAGUUUUAGACUGAUUAUUAAACAUUGUCAUAAAUAUAUGACUUGCAUGGUUCUUUUUAUAAAACUUCACAAGUCAUUUUUAUAAUAUGCAUAUGCAACAUUAUUAUAAGAAUUUAAAAAAUGUUACAUUAAUAUCAAAAAGCAGAAACGAAACAGAAUUAAUCACACUUUUGAUCAUAGCAAAUAGUCAAAUGUCAGUGAAUAUUUUUCUUUGAUUAUCUUUGAUAUACAUUCUCUUUCGCGUCUUAACUUAUAUAAACGAAUGAAAAAUUGUUCUGAUAAAGAAUACAAAAAAAAACUGACACACUAUUUAGUGUUGAAGUUUGUUAAAUAAGAAAAUUAAAAUACAGUUAAUAUUAUGGAAAAUUAUGCUCAAAUCAAUUUAUGCAUUAUUGAUAAAUUAUGAAUUGUCAUAAAAUCAAAUAUAUAUAUAUAUAUAUAUAUAUAUAUAUAUUUGAUUUCAUGACUAUAUAUAUAUGCUGUAUUAUCAAAGAUGAAGUAAAUUCAUAAACUAAUUCCCAAAUUUUUUCAUAUCAAAAUUGUGUAAUUGUUAAAAAAUAAAGGAAAUGAAAGCACUACAAUUUUAUAUGACAAAAAAAAAAAGAUCGUACGUUAUAUUUAAAUAUAUAUUUAAAGAAGAAAAAGAAGAAAAGAAAAGGCAAUAUGAUCUCUGUCGUUAUCUGCUAAUUAUAAUCUUGUGCUGGAUAAAUUUCCUUUUAAUAAAACUGAUUAUGAUUCUUAAACUA